UUUUUAUAUUAUAGCUCCAAAAAACAAAGAAAAGAAAAUCUAAAAAGCCGUUACCGUUCUCGGUGUGAUCGUCGGCGGAUGCGAGAAAGGAUUCAAUGGAGGGGAUUUCCAAACUCUAGUCCUUUGGAACCAUGCUCCUUCUUCUUUUCACCAUUUUCACUCCCAAACUAGUUCGUUCUUUUACCUUGUCUUCCAAUCCUUCCUCCAACAGUCGAUGUCUUCAAACCUUAUUAAAAUCUGGCUUCUCUCCUACUCUGAAAUCCAUCAACCACUUCUUUCGUUUUCUCUACCACAAUCGCAGAUUCGACUGUGUCAUUCAUUUCUUCUACCAAUUAAACGCCAAUCAAAUCAAAGGAAACUUCAAAACUCACUUGAUUCUUACAUGGGCUCUCCUCAAAUCCCAUAAGUAUGACGACGCGGAGCAAAUAUUGAAGACCCAGAUGCUGGUUUCUUCAAUUUUUCAUCGAAAUCGCCUUUGGAACUUGUUGAUUCGAGGAAUUUGUGUCAACAAAGGAGACCCAGAAAAGGCAUUGUGGGUUUUGCAGGAUUGCUUCAGAAAUUAUGCUAUCUUGCCUUCUUCUUUCACUUUCUGUGUGUUGAUUCAUAAAUUUUGUUCUCUUGGAAUGAUGGAUAAGGCAGUUGAAAUUCUAGAGCUAAUGUCUGAUGAGAAUGUGAACUACCCAUUUGAUAAUUUUGUCUGUAGUUCUGUAAUUUCUGGGUUCUGUAAUAUUGGAAAACCGGAAUUGGCUCUAAAGUUUUUCGAAAAUGCUAAAACACUGGGAAAUUUGAAACCUAAUUUGGUGUCUUAUACUGCGGUGAUUGGCGCACUCUGUAAGUUGCAUAGAGUUAAUCAAGUUUCGGAUUUGGUUUGUGAAAUGGAAAAGGAAAGUUUGGCAUUUGAUGUUGUUUUCUAUAGUUGUUGGAUUUGUGGGUAUAGUGCUGAGGGUAUGUUAUUGGAUGCUUUCAAAAGGAACAGGGAAAUGGUUCAGAAGGGAAUAAGACCUGAUACAAUAAGUUAUACUAUUUUGAUAUAUGGUCUUUCCAAGUUGGGAAAUGUGGAGAAGGCAUUUGGGGUUUUAGAGAGAAUGAGGAAAUCGGGAUUAGAACUGAGUUCGGUUACGUAUACGGUGAUUAUGCUAGGGUUUUGUAAGAAAGGGAAACUGGAGGAAGCGUUUUCUCUUUUUGAAAUGGUUAAGGGUUUGGAGAUGGAGGUUGAUGAAUUUAUGUAUGCAACUCUGAUUGAUGGAUGUUGCAGAAAAGGAGAUUUUGAUCGUGUUUUUGGCCUUCUUGAUGAAAUGGAAACAAGAGGGAUGAAAUCGAGUAUUGUUACAUACAAUACUUUGAUUAAUGGACUCUGCAAAUGGGGGAGAACAUCUGAGGCAGAUAGACUAUCGAAGGGCUUACAUGGUGAUGUUAUUACAUAUAGUACACUGUUACAUGGAUACAUUCAAGAACAAAACAUCACUGGAAUUUUCGAAACAAAGAGAAGACUUGAAGAUGCUGGGAUUUCUCUGGAUGUUAUCAUGUGUAAUGUUCUGAUAAAAGCACUGUUUAUGGUUGGCGCAUAUGAAGAUGCAUAUAUACUCUACAAGAGAAUGCCAGGAAUUGGUCUGGCUGCAAAUUCAGUUACUUAUCAUACAUUGAUUAAUGGAUAUUGUAAUAUUGGUAGGAUAGAUGAGGCAGUUGAGAUAUUCAAUGAGUUCAAGUCAGCGUCUUGCGAAUCAGUAGCUGUUUACAAUAGUAUUAUUAAAGCACUAUGCAGAGAAGGUCGUGGAGAAGAGGCCCUUGAGGUGUUUAUUGAACUGAACCUCAAUGUUUUAACUUUGGAUGUAGGUAUGUGUAAGAUGCUUAUCAGAACCAUUUUUGAAGAGAAAGGUGCAGCUGGGCUUUGUGAAGCACUGUAUGGGAUGGAAAAGGUGGGACAAGAGGUAUACAAUGAUACAUGCAAUGAUGCUAUUCGGUUUCUAUGCAAGAGAGGUUUCUCAGAGAUGGCGAGUGAAUUUUAUUCAAGGAUGAUGAGAACCCGUUUGCUUCUUGAAAAGAAAACAUUUUAUUUCCUCAUAAAAGCGUUGAAUAGUGAAGGGAAGACAUGGAUUAGUCGGCCUAUUUUCAGUAACUUUUUGAAAGAAUAUGGCCUAUCUGAGCCCAUUGUUAAGCAGAUUAUUGUGGACUUUCAAUGCACGAAGUUCACUCUCCCAACUUCAGAGAAAAUGGAAGAGAGUUUUUCAACAUUUAUGGUACCUAAUACUAUGUUUAAAAGGCUAGUAAGAGAAAGAAGAUUUUCUGAUGCUUAUAACCUUGUAAUGAAGAGAGGAAAUAAUCUCUUGCUUGGUGACAUAUUUGAUUAUUCAACUCUGGUUCAUGGUCUUUGUAAAGGUGGACAAAUGAGUGAAGCAUUAGAUAUCUGCGUUUCUGCCAAAACAAAUGGAAUGAAGUUGAAUAUUAUCUGCUAUAAUAUAGUCAUAAAGGGACUGUGCCUCCAAAGUCGUCUUAUCCAAGCAUUCCAGCUCUUUGAUUCACUGGAAAGAUUAGGCUUGAUACCUACUGAAAUCACAUAUGGGACUCUAGUUGACUCCUUAUGCAGAGAAGGAUACCUGGAAGAUGCAAGGCAGUUGUUCGAGAGGAUGAUCCCAAAAGGUCUUAAACCAAAUACCCAUAUUUACAAUUCACUGAUUGAUGGUUACAUCAGGAUUGGUCAAAUUGAAGAAGCCUUUAAGCUUUUGCAUGAAUCAAGGACAGGAGCCUUUAAUCCUGAUGAAUUCUCUGUGAGCUCUGCAAUCAAGGCUUAUUGCCAAAAGGGUGACUUGGAAGGUGCUCUUUCCAUCUUUUUUGAGUUCAAGAAUGAAGGCAUUUCACCUGAUUUCUUGGGCUUCUUAUAUUUGAUAAGAGGACUUUGUGCCAAGGGAAGAAUGGAAGAAGCACGGGACAUACUCCGUGAGACAAUACAGUCCCAAUCGGUGAUGGAGUUGAUUAACAAGGUUGAUACUGAAAUCGAAACUGAUUCUAUAGAAAGCGCUCUCACCCAUUUAUGCGAGGAAGGACAUAUCUUAGAAGCAUAUACCAUUCUAAAUGAAGUAGGCACUAUAUUUUUCUCUGCUCAUAGGCAUUCUACUAUUUACAAUCAACCUCAUAAAUUGCAUAUAAAUGACGAGAGAUCUGUAGAUAUUAUUCAUUCUGGAACCAAAGCCUAUCCAUAUGCCAGUUUUCCAAAUCUUGGAUCCUCAGAUGUUAAUACAAUUGAAAACAUGGAGGACGAGAAUCUGGAAAAGAGGCCUCAUUUUGAAGAUUUCAACUUGUACUAUACUCUGCUUUCUUCCUUUUGUUCUGAAGGAAAUGUUCAAAAGGCUACUCAAUUAGUGAAAGAAGUAAUUUCCAAUUUAGACAGAGGCUAAUUGUACAGGAGGAAAACAAAAGAACUUGGUUUCUUCAAUGUGGGGGAAAAAGGAAAAGAAUUUCUAUCCCCCAUCGGCAAAGGAAAUUUUCUCUGCCCUGGACGGAGGCUGAUUGCAUAACAGCAAUGGUCUUGAUUAUCUCUCCAAGGGGUUCCCUCUCCAUUAAUGUGAAAAGCGUAGCAUUUCUCUGGACAGGAUUUGGUCUGCUGCUCCUAUCUUUUAAGGGUCAGGAAGGAAAAUUCUCUAUUUAUGUCCAAGCAUGUAAGCAAAACCUGGUACAUGUCAACCAUACCUUGCUGGUCGGCAACUUGUGUAGAAAUCUUUGGAAUUCGUGUUACUGCAUUGAGUGCUCUAGCAGAAAUCUAAGACUUGGGCCAUACAACAGCAAUUGUAGCUGGAAUUGAUGGAAUCCCUGUGAGAAUUUGGUAAAGCAAGUGGGAUGGCUUCCUUUGACAAGUGAGGGAGAGAGAAAUGGCUCAAUUUAAAGCAUUUGAUUUGUUGCUGAUGCAGUUGCAGCUAUUGAGAUCAGGAGUGUACCUCGAAUGACUUUUGGAAACCUAAAACAUGAGUUGUUUUUCCAAUGUGUAUACGAUGACUCAGGUCAUGUUGAAUCUUGCCAACUCCCACGUUCUCAACAUUCACAAGCUACACAACUCUACAAACUAACCUUGCAAGUUUACCAUUGCCAUGACCGUUUCUCGUGCCGUAAAACAUGUCGCGAGGAAGAAACCUAUACAAUUACUAGAAUGGACCCUACUGUUGCCAUAGUGGUGAAUCCUCCAACAAUGGCUUUCCAGUUCAGUUCUCCGAGAACACUUUAGUUAUUCUCGCUGCUCGAUCAGUGACAGGAACAUAAUUUCUCUAAGAUUCCAUUGAAAGCUUAUGUGUUUAUAUCUUUUUGUAUUUGUUUGGAACAAGCUAAAAUAGGAUGUUCGGUGUAAUUUGUCAGAAAUAUGUUUGUGGAUGUAAAAAUCAACCUUAGAACAAGAAGUGAGGUGGCUCAUGGUUUCUUCCACAUAAGUUUUGAUUGCCUAGUUUCUCUAGCUUCCAUUGAUAAACAUUUAAUUUUUAGUGUUUGGUUUAUUUAUUUAUUUAUUUUUUGUCUUAAA